ACUGUAAGUUAUAGAGUAUCAAGAUUGCGUCAUCGACAAUAACAUUGAAGAGAGGCCAACUCGUUGAGGCUGUUCUCCGGGCUCUCUAGUUCGAGUGAUGACGCUAGUUAGAUAGUGGAGUGACUGGUUAGUAGUCUAGGAGAAGAUGUGGGCGCCAGACAUGAACGCACGGGAGCGAAGGCUGAGUGAAAGAAUGCCCGAGGUCACUGGCUUCCCUCCCCGAGCCUGCUCGGCCGCCUCCGGAGGCAGCACGACGCCGGCCUCGGAGAAACCGUUCCACUACUCGUACCUGAAGGAGUUCAGAGUUGAGCAGUGUAAGGCGUUUCUGCAGCACAAGUGCAACCAACACCGGCCGUUCACCUGUUUCAACUGGCACUUCAUGAACCAACGUCGCCGAAGGCCGGUCAAGCGAAGAGACGGAACCUUCAACUACAGUCCUGACGUCUACUGCACACUGUACGAUGAGAACACCGGAGUCUGUCCCAACAGUGACGAUUGUCCCUACCUUCACAGGACGGCAGGCGACACAGAGCGACGCUACCAUCUCAGAUACUAUAAGACCAGUACGUGUGUCUAUGAGACCGAUGUCAGAGGUUACUGCGUCAAGAACGGACCUCACUGUGCCUUCGCACACGGUCCUCACGACCUCAGGUCUCCAGUGUAUGACAUCAGAGAGCUGGCAGGAGUGGAGGAUGAAGUUGGGAGCAUGGUCAGCAGUCUGGAGAGAGAGAAAGGAGUUCUGGUGGACGAUCUACGCUGGCAAGAAUCCAGUUUUGUGUUGACGUACUACAAGACGGAGCCGUGUAAACGGCCGCCACGCCUCUGUCGUCAAGGUUACGCCUGUCCCUUCUAUCACAACAACAAAGACAGAAGAAGAAGUCCGAGACAUUUCAAAUAUCGGUCGACUCCGUGUCCAAAUGUGAAACUGAAUGACGAGUGGGGAGACCCUAGUCAUUGUGAGCAGGGAGAUGGCUGCUGUUACUGCCACACUAGAACUGAGCAGCAGUUCCAUCCUGAGAUCUACAAGUCAACCAAGUGUAACGAUGUGCAGCAGACUGGGUACUGCCCGAGAGCAUCGUUUUGUGCCUUUGCCCACGACGAGAAGGAACUGUCUGCUCCCAGAGAGUUAACAGAUGAACCGAUGACCACAGCUCCUAGUCCUCUUGUGGGUGUCGGGGGAGGAGGUUCGCUGGACUCUGACCCCUACUCCACCUCACCGCACACCAAGAGUCUGCCGCAGCCAAUCGGGCGACCGGAGAGGACCGGCAGCACCUCCUCCGACAGCUUCCAGAGAGCCGUGGGUGCAGAGGUCAAGAGCAAGAGCCUGGAGGACGAGGGACAGGUGUACAUAAGGAAGCAGAUGCAACUGAUUGAUGCAGACACCAGCCUGGACGAGAGUGAGAAGCAGAGACGGAAACAGAACCUGCUGCGACUGUCGUUAGGGGCGGUGGGGGCAGGGGUUUCCCCUGAGGCGGUACCUCCCCUGUCCCACAGCCUCCCUUCCUCCGUAUCCGAUGCUCUGGAGGCCAUGGGAAUGGAGGACCUCAACCUGGAGGACCUGGACUCAGGCUCUCUUAGAGACGACCCUCAGGAGCAGAUGUUGAGUGGAGGUAUCCUGGGUCAGAGUCCAGUAGCACAUGGCUUCAUGCAGUCACUCCAGCAGCACCACCAUCACCACCACUCAGGGAGCCACCCCCUCCCUUACUCCACCCCCCUGGGGCCUCUCUCUCCCUACGGCCCCUCCUCCUCCUCCCAUCACACCGGACUCCCACAGCACAUGCAUGCGAUGGGAGCCGGCGGCUAUUCCCCCUCCUCCACUCCUCCCUCCUUCCACUCCUCUGGCCCCCCGUCCGCAUUCCUCCACGGCCCUCCUCAGAGGAUAUCGUCGCAGGGGCUCCCGGCAGGCUCUGGGGAAGGUGUCCCCCUCCCCUACCAAACACGCCUCCAUGUUUGGGGCGGUGCUGGCGUCGCCAGUAGACAAGUCAGAGUCCUCUGCGGCCAUCUUGAGAGACGAGCUGCGUCAGUCACAGCAGAGUCUGGCCUCGUGGCAGGACUCAUGGAGACAGGCCAAGGGGGCCUGCGAGGCCUGGAAGAAGGAGGCCGAGGAGGUGGCAGGUCGAGCCAGAAUGGAGAGAGAGAGCAGUCGGAGGAGAAUUGAAGAGCUGGAGAGACAAUUACAGGAGACUCACCUACAGCGGGUUGGAUCCACGACAGCAGCAGGAGUCGACACGGCGGAGCUGAAGUCGCUGCCUCUGUCCAGACUAGAGGGACUGAGGCAGCAGUUGAGGAGAGAUCUCGACCGCCUUGACUCAAGCAUUCAGCAAAGGAAGGGAGCACUGUGUCUCAAGUGUCAGGAGUUUCCACGCUGUGUCCUCACCCAGCCGUGCCAGCACUGCGUCCUGUGCGAGAAGUGUGCAGAGUCAAUGGACGAGGCCCACCGGGUGUGCCCCUAUUGUCAGGAACGGAUCACGCACUGCUCCACAGCCCUAAUCCCUCUCUAGUCGCCUUCUCUCUCUCUCUUUCUCGCGGUCAUGGCCACUAGGAGUGCUCAUCAACUAGGCUAGUUAGUUUCGUUGUCUUGGUACAUAUUAUUCCUAGCCUGUCUUACAAUUCAUCGUGACCUAGUCUUCAUAUUGCCGCCUCAGUGCGAAAAGUCGGUUUUUUCUGGUCUAUUUAAGGAGCACUCUUAUUUGCUGUACCACCCUUUAAGAGCAUAUUAUCCUACAAUAUCUGCAACUAUUAUUAUUAUUAUUAUAUUAUUAUUAUAUUACUCUCCUCAACUUAGUGGAUGUUGUUGUUUUGUGUUUUGUUUUCGGCGGUGAGGCAGCUUCAGUUCAUAGACAUUUCUCUCAUUAGGGUUUUUCUCAUUUAAUGCCCACUGCUAUUGCUGUCCAUGGUCAUAUUACAUGUAUGUGGUCAGUCUUGUCGUCAUCUCAAGCUACUAGAACUUCAUGGGUUCUGUCAACGUUAUAAUAUUGUCUCGAUCUCUCUCCACGCUGUGCCUGAAAUCACGUGUCACCUUAUGUCGUUGUUAGUCCAUCAGCUAGCCCCGCCCGCCCUGAGACGAUUGAUGUGACCCGCUAAGUUGAUUAUUAUAUAGUAUGUCACUGUAGAUGAGCCAUUGCCAUGGGUGAGGUUUAUAUGGCCUCAUGAAAUGAUUUACUAGACGAAUUGUGGAGAAAACGUGGGUGGAGCUUGGUGGUCGUAAUGAGUCUGGUGAUGUCUCCAUUCAUGUUAGUCUGGCGUCGUGCACGGGCGACAGGGAGCCGGGUACGGAGUGGAGGAUGUGGUUGGAGGCUCGCAGCAGCCUCGGGCGUGAGCGGCAGAGAGAAGUUGGGAAAGGAAGGUUCUUGACCAGUCUGGUCCACUCACGCUUCCUCGACCCUUACCUCUGGCCCAGAGCUGCUUUUGAAUCACUGGUGCUCCAGUUCCUGGGCCUCUGCAUCAUCUCUCUC